AAGGACUCGGUCCGGAAGUCGUAUUGUUGUUGGCGGAACAGAGCUGAAAGGAGCUAAAGGAGCUAACCGAAGCUAACAGAUAUGACGGAGUAAUAACAAAUGGCUGCUGUCGUUAGUCUCACGCGGAUGGAGAGGAGGCGUCCAGCACAAGAGGACAUUUGUCCUCUGGAGUCUAAGUCUUUGAGGGCGGACGGAGAGGACAGACAGGAAGAGGACAGACAGGAAGAGGACAGACAGGAAGAGGACAGACAGGAAGAGGACAGACAGGAAGAGGACAGACAGGAAGAGGACAGACAGGAAGAGGACAGACAGGAAGAGGACAGACAGGAAGAGGACAGACAGGAAGAGGAGAGAACAGCUGUCUCCGGUGACAUCACGGUGACAGGUCAACACUUCGGAGCCAAUAAAGUUUGGUUGAAUUCAGCCGUCGACGUGGCGACCAGCGAGGCCAGCGAGGACGAACUGGGACGACUGGACAUCGACCUGGACAGGAAGUCCAAACAGCACAACUUGACGUCCAGCAACGUGCGCGCCAUCCUGCACGAGGUGAUUACCCAUGAGCACGUGGUGGCCAUGAUGAAAGCUGCCAUCAGAGACACGCAGGACCUCCCCAUGUUUGAGCCCAAGAUGACUCGAUCUAGACUGAAACAGGCCAUUCAGCAGGGACAGCCACUGAACUGGAGUCUGUCUGCAGUGAACACAGCCAAGCCUCCUCAGUUUGUGGACAUAGAUCUGGAGGAGGAUGAGGACUCGUCAGAUGAAGAGUAUUGUCCUGAGGAAGAGGAGGAAGAGGAAGACACGGCUGAAGAGACAUUCCUCAGUGAUGCAGACAGCUUGGCUUCACCUCCCAAAAUGCAUCAGGACUCUCAUCCCAGAGUUUGGGCAGACCAGAGGACUGAUGACCCGCUACAGAGACCCCCAGGACAGCUGGGAGACCCCCUAACCUGCACUCCUCAUCACCUCCUCCCACCUCCAGAGUCCUCCUUCCUGGAGAGACUCAACGCUGUGGAUGAGGAGCUGGACAGCAGCGCUGUCUACACAUAUAACCAGUCUCUGGACAGAAAAGCUGACGAUGCUGCUGAUGAUGAUGAUGGCGGUGGCGGCGAUGAAGGCUCCAGCUGUUUGGCGUUCCGUACGCGCUCCAAGCGUCCCCUGGUGAACGUUCCUCUGGGCCAGCUGGAGGCGGAGCUUCUGGCCCCUGACAUCACUGAAGACAUGUACGAGCAGAGCGCUGCCCAGCGGAAGCAGGACCGCCACUGGACCAAGUGGCUGCAGGGCCUCAUGGCCCCCGACACCGACGAGGAAGCCGACGAUGAAGACGACCCCGAGUACAACUUCCUGGAGGACGUGGACGAGCCGGACCUGGAGGACUACCGGACGGACCGCGGCGUCCAGAUCACCAAGAAGGAAGUGAACCAGCUGCUGGAGGAGCUCUUUGAUACACUCCAGGAGGAAGAGGAGGAACACGAGGAAGAGGAGCCCUCUCAGACUGGACCCAAGUUCAACGUCCCCCAGGCUUUACGUUUUGAUGCUCCGUUAGCCAGCAUGCUAACGGAGCGCCGGCGGACGGUGAGGAAACAGUACGAAGCUGCUCAGCAGAGGAGAGCCCUGCAGGACACCACCAACCAUCACCGUGACAAUAAGGAAGCAGCCGGCCCGGCGCCAGACCCCGUCCCCUCCGUGUUGGUGCUGCCGGGCCGGGUGGAGCCCCCCCUCCACCUAAACUCGCCCCAGAAGCUGCAGCUGCAGCAGCAGAUACAGCAGGUACAACCAGCAACCCUAACCCUUGUUGUCUGUGUUCUGCAGGAGGAGCUGCAGCAGUUCUCCAGCCGACGGGAGCAGGUUUUGCUGCCCAGCAGCUUCAGGGUGUGUAACCUGCGGGGGGCGCUGGAUCUCCUGCAGGAGGUGGAGCAGAGGGCGGAGCCUCCUGUUACUCCACUUCCUGUCCCUGCUGCGGCCUCCAGACGCUUGCUCCCCAGCAUGACUCCUGCCACCAACAGCCACGCCUUCCCUCUGCUGCCCGCUGAAGACGCCUGGCUGUUCGCCACGCGUCCCGUCUUCCUGUACCCAGAACUACUUCCUGUCUGCAGCCUGGACCCCCCCGCACACAGCCAGCGGCCCCGCAGCAUUUACACCGCCGGAGAGGACGGGCUGAUCGUUCUGGCUCUGAAGCACUUUGCGGAGACGCUGCAGCCAGACCAGCUGAUCAGCUGCUACCUGGUCUGUAAAUCUCGCUGGAACUUCAGGAAACACGUGAGGGACAUGAGUGGACCGAGAGCGCCGAGCAGCAGCGUCAUCAAGAUGUUUGUGACGCAGCGAGUCGUCCCACCGUUGCCGCUUGCCUGCAGCCGAGUUGAUCCGGGAGAGCAGCGCCCCCCGGUGGACAGAAACACCCCCAACACGCCAAACUGGCUCAAGAACAGUCAGCUGAUCAUCCAGAAGUCCCGUCUGAGCUCCGGCCAUUACCCCCCUUCCCUCCCCCCGGGCAUCACCCUCAGGCUCCACCCCUAUUGGCUCAGCAAGUCCUCACAUCCACCUCCACCUUCACACAGACGGAUCUUCGCCCUGGCCCACAAUGCAUCUCUGCCGCCUCUCGCACAACGCCCAGCAGACAGACAGUCAGACAGACCAGAGGACUCGCUGUUAGACAGGCAGGCAUCGCGGAAAUCAAAGAGACGAACAGACAGAUGGUUGGACAGAAAGAUAAACCAACCGAUGGACAGACAGCCAAUCAACACCCUGUCUCUCCCCCCUCCAGGUGUCACUUUACUCUCUGACUCCGCUGUUUCCACAGCUCUGUCUCCGCCUCUCGCUGUUUCUGGAGCCCUGGCUCCGCCCCCUGUCUGUGGGGCUGUCUCAUUGGCUGCUGUCCAUCCAGGCCCCGCCCACAUCCUCCAGCCCUGCCUUCCUAUUGGCCAGUGGACACAGCAGCAGCAGAGCAGCAGAGCUUCUCUCCCUCUCCCCUCUCUGACCGAUGCUCGGACAAAUGUGACUCCGGCGUACUUCCUCCUCCAGAUGGUGUGGACGCCCGCCGCCACCUCCCAGCAUGCUCUGGGGCAACAGCUCCACAGACCAAUCAAAGAGGAGCGAGAGGACACAACGCCACGCCUUCCACUGGAGGAAGAGAGACGGGAAGAGGAGGAAAGUUCAGGUUCAUCAUCAACACUCAGCCCGAUGUCUUCCUGUGAAGAAGGGGAAGAGGGGAGAGAGGGAGGAGAAGAGGAGAACUGGGCUGAUCUGGGUGUGCUGAACGGAGUACAAAAUACUGGAGGAGAGGAAGAAGAGGGGAGAGAAGGGGGAAGAGAGGAAGAGGAGGGUGCAGGAGGAGGAGGAGGAGAGGGGGAUGAAGAUCAGGACCGGCAGGGAGAGGAGGAAGAGGAGGAGGAGGAGGACUUCGAUGACCUCACGCAGGACGAAGACGAAGAGGAAGUGAUGUCGUCUGCGUCGGAGGAGUCGGUGCUGUCGGUGCCAGAGUUACAGGAGACGAUGAAGCAGCUGACGUGGCUGGCGGCCGAGCGGCGUCUCUGUACAGAUGGAGACUCUGAGGAAGACCACUCCCCCACCUCUCAGGAGGAGGAGGAGGAGGAGGAAGAGGAGGGGCCUAAAGGGGAGGAGUCUGGAGAGGGGGGGGGCAGCAAGGAGGGAGGAGAAGAGGAGGGAGGAGACGAGGAGACGCCAGCAGGAGAGGAGACGACCAGAGGAGGAGCAGGAGGACGCUGUCUGGGACGGGGAAGAGGUCGUAGCCGUCCUCUCCGAGGUCUGAGGAGAGGACGCCAGCAGCGCCACAGCAAAGACGCCGCUAAACUCCUCCAGCUGUACGACGACAACAUCGUCAACAAUGACCCGCAGAGAGAGAGCAAGGACCUGGCCUUCGCCCAGAGCUACCUCCACAGGGUGCAUGAAGUAGAUUUUGGGGUAUGGUGUGCUGAAGUAGAUUUUGGGUAUGGUAACCUCUGUCCCGUGUUGUGUUCAGGUGCGGGAGUAGAUUUUGGGUAUGGUAACCUCUGUCCCGGUGUGUUUCAGGUGCGGGAAGUAGAUUUUGGCAUAUGGUGCGUGAAGAUAGAUUUUGGGUAUGGUAACCUCUGUCCCGGUGUGUUUCAGGUGCAUGAAGUAGAUUUUGGGUAUGGUAACCUCUGUCCCGUGGUCGUUCAGGUGCGUGAAGUAGAUUUUGGGGUGCAUGAAGUAGAUUUUGGGUAUGGUAACCUCUGUCCCGUGUGUCUUCAGGUGCAUGAAGUAGAUUUUGGGUAUGGUAACCUCUGUCCCGGUGGUCUUCAGGUGCGUGAAGUAGAUUUUGGUAUGUGGAAACACAUGUUUACAGAUGGUUCCCAGCAGGUGCUACAGUGUGGACUGUUUGAGGAGCAGCAGGCGUUUGAACGCAGCCGGCGGUUCCUGCGCCAGCUGGAGAUCAGUUUUGGAGAUAAUCCAUCUCAUUACCAGAAGAUCAUCAAAGCUCUGCAGACCGGUCCGGACCUGAGUCCAAACAGCAUCGCCGAGCUGAAGGCCCAGAUGUCUGCGCUGCUGAAAGGCCACACCCACCUCCAGACUGAAUUCUGGGUAUUUUUUGACGAGCUCCGCCCCCCCCCAGCCCGCCCAGGACAGUUCGAAGAAGCUCAUUGGCCGGAGGACGGAGGGGGCGGGUCCGACGGCGGGGAGGGCGGCGGCCUCGUGUUAGGGGGCGGAGCCAGCUGCGGCUUCGAGGAAGUGACGCUCCCAGAGCUGGAGGAGGAAGAGGAGGGGCUUAAGAUCCAACCAAUGGCGAGCCGGCGUCAGAGGAGGAAGAUGGACGCCCACAGGAACUACAAGGACUGUGAUUGGUCGGAUGAGGCAAAGAUCAGCAGACACAGGAGGAAAGGAUGCUCUCACUGCCAUGGCAACAAGACCUCAGGGGGCGUGUCCAGAGCCAUGAAGAGUCUGGACCCGCUGUACUCUCAGAUAAGCUCCGCCCACAAAGACCUGGACCUGAAGGGGGACCACAGUCCACAACCAGCUGAUGCACCAGCUGCUCAUCCUUCAGAAACACCACCACUGCUUUGUUCAUUCUGGAUGCAAAAGACAAGUUGUCAUAGCUACCUGUUCACCAACCGCCAACAGCACCUCCUCCACAGUAACAUUACUCUCCGGGGGGGCUAUCCUCACGCCCUGCCGGAGACUCGGAGGUGGCGUCUCAAAGGACGCCAUUCCUCCCGAAAAAAGACCCCGAUUCCUCAGCAGACACUCCACAAAAAAGGUCUAAGAAACUUACCUGAUCAUGCACCAAAAAGACAGACUGAAGACAGUCAGAACAUCCGAAAACAGAAACAGUUAGAAACUCCACUCGCACCUCCUCCUCCUCCACUCACACUCACCGGAAACGGAGAGGAGAGGAGAGGAGAGGGGAGGAGAGGAGAAGAUAGAUGA